UCAGGUUCUAACGUUAACAACACCAUCAUAUAAGAACGAUCUUUGAUUAGUAUCAGAAGGAGUAUUGUGAAGAUUGCAGUAAUUUUAACAGUUGACCCAUGAUCUCAACUGUUGAAAUUACUACAAUCCCCACAAUUGACUAAUUAUUUGGUUGUAUCAACAUCCUUGGUUGAGCAGUUGAAUUUCAUUGGAAGUUAAUUGACCUGAGAAUUUAUAAGCAUCUCAUCAGAGGAUUUACUAAGACGACGAUUUCAACUAACUAAUCGAAUCAUCCUAAAUCUCGUCGGUCAUUGGAUGCGGUGUUCUUACAAUGGAAAACGAACACUCUAAUGAUAUUGUUUUCCAAGGUCAUACGGAUUCAGUAACAAGCUUAAGUUACAACGACCAACUUGAACAUGUCGUCUCAGUGAGUUGCGACCAAACACUGCGCGUAUGGUCUCUCAAAACGAGGGAACAAAUAGGUAUCACAUCAAAACAUGCUACGCAACUCAACAGCGUAAACAUAGACAGUCAUGGGUUAAAUAUUAUAUCAAGUGGGAUGGAUUUUAGAACCUGUUUGUUUGAUUAUGAAACUUUAAAACUCAAGUUGGUUCUACUAAACGGAGGUGCAGUUACUGAUCAUUCAAUCACCAAGGAUGGUAAUUGUUUGGUAUGUGUUACCGAUAUCAGCUGUCAAAUGAACUUAUGGGAUUUAAGAUGGCGAAAGAAAGUUUUUUCGAUUCCAGAUAUUCACGAAAAUACACCAACAUGUUGUCUGUUUACUCCGAAUGAAAAUUGUGUAAUUACAACAUCAACAGAUGGAUCCGCAAAAUGCACAGACUUGCGAUCUCUCAGAACAUUACUGACCUUGCGUGAUCAUAGGAAUGCUGUAUCAUCGGCAGCCAUCGCUAGAGACGGAAAGUUGCUGGUAACAACAUCAUGGGACAAAGCGGUUCAUCUAUACGACAUUGAGACUGGAAACUACAGGAGAGAGGGACCACAGAUUUUAGCUGAUGGUCACACUGGUUCGAUAAGUAGCUGUGACAUAGACGAUAAUGGGAUCUAUCUGGCAACUGGAGGUCACGACAAGUGUGUUAUAUUAUGGGAUACUGAGAAAAAAGAAGUCAAGCUGUGUCUCAAGAGACAUACAGAUUGGAUUAAUGACGUACACAUGACAAAAGAUGGGAAGUGGAUUCUAACAGCAUCGAAAGACAGACUGAUAAGGUCAUGGAAUAUGGAAGUGAUUGAGAGGUUGCCAUUUAGUUACUUACCUGGCAAUGAGCAAACUGUUCUUACUUUAAAGUGCCCCAACUGUGAAAAAAACUUUAUCCAGACAGUAACAAGUGACUGGAGAAGGAGACCCAAGUGCUUAUUUUGUGACCUCGAUGCGAAAACAAACAAUUAAAAGAUAUGCGAAUAAGACGAUAUCAGCGC